AUGGAUUCUUCACCGAACACGAACAAAGCCUUAACGGAGACGCGUUUCUCCGACCUCGAACCUCCACUCUCCGAAGACAUCAUCGAAGCCCUUGACCGGUCCGGUUUCGAGUUCUGCACUCCCGUUCAAGCCGCUACGAUCCCUUUACUCUGUCGCCACAAAGAUGUCGCCGUCGACGCAGCCACCGGUUCUGGAAAAACCCUAGCUUUCGUCUUACCCCUCAUAGAGAUUCUCCGUCGUUCCACGUCAUACCCUCCUAAGCCUCACCAGGUUAUGGGAGUGAUUAUAUCGCCAACGAGAGAGCUAUCAACGCAGAUAUUUAACGUGGCACAGCCCUUUGUUUCGACUUUGCCAAAUGUGAACUCUGUGCUGCUUGUUGGAGGCCGAGAGGUGAGAGCUGACAUGAACACUAUAGAAGAAGGAGGAGGCAAUCUCUUGAUUGGCACUCCUGGAAGGCUCUCUGAUAUAAUGGAACGGAUGGAGAUUCUUGAUUUCAGAAAUCUUGAGAUUCUUAUCUUAGAUGAAGCAGAUAGGCUUUUGGAGAUGGGGUUCCAGAAGCAGGUGAAUAGCAUUAUAUCUCGCUUGCCAAAGCAGCGUAGGACUGGUCUCUUUUCAGCUACACAGACAGAAGGUGUUGAAGAGUUGGCCAAGGCUGGGCUUAGGAAUCCUGUGAGAGUUGAAGUUCGAGCUGAGUCGAAGUCUGAAUCAUCUCAGCAAGUGACAAACUCGAAAGUACCUUCUGGGCUGCACCUUGAGUAUUUGGUAUGCGAAGCAGAUAAGAAGUCAUCACAACUAGUGGAUCUCCUCGUCGAAAAUGCAAAGAAGAAGCUUAUAGUAUACUUUAUGACUUGUGCAUCUGUUGAUUACUGGGGACUCGUACUUUCAAAAAUUCCUGCCCUGAAGUCCAUAUGUUUAAUUCCUAUCCAUGGAGAUAUGAAGCAGAAUGCAAGAGAGAAGGCAUUAGCUUCGUUUACUGAAGCAUCAAGCGCUGUCCUUUUGUGCACUGAUGUCGCUGCACGUGGACUUGAUAUUCCAGGCAUUGAUUACGUUGUUCAGUAUGAUCCCCCACAAGACCCAAAUAUGUUCAACCACAGGGUUGGUAGAACUGCAAGAUUAGGAAAAGAAGGAAGGGCCAUAAUUUUUUUACUUCCCGAGGAAGAAGACUAUGUAGAGUUUAUGCGCAGAAGAGGUGUCCCUUGUCAAGAGAAAGAAUGCUCUGAGGAAGCAUCUGAUGUCAUCCCGAUUAUACGUUCACUAGCCAUGAAGGACCGGGCAGUGUUGGAGAAGGGACUAAAGGCAUUUGUUUCCUUUGUCCGUGGUUAUAAGGAGCAUCACUGCUCUUACAUUUUCAGAUGGAAAAGCCUAGAAAUAGGAAAGUUAGCCAUGGGAUAUGGACUCUUGUAUCUUCCUUCAAUGUCUGAAGUAAAACAACACAGACUUUCCAGUGAAGGUUUCACUCCCGUUACAGACGUUAAGUUUGAGGAGAUCAAGUUUAAGGACAAAUCUAGGGAGAAGCAAAGAAAGAAGAACAUGCAAGCAAGGAAAGAGAAACGGCAACAAGAGAAAAAGGAGAAAGGCAAGAAGAACUCGAAAAAGGCGGUUGCUUCUUCUUCUGCCACAGAUUCCAACAAAAGAAAGUUAACAGGAAAACAGAGACAAACCAUCCAAACAGCCGAAGAUGAAGAAGAGAUGGCUCGAGAUUAUCGUCUACUCAAAAAGCUCAAGAAAGGUUCAAUCAAAGAAGAUGAUUUUGCUAAACUUACAGGAGCUGAUGACUUUUAAUCUCAUGAUUCCAUUUCUUGUUCUAUUUUUUUCGUGAUUUCUUUUCUUUUUCUUCUUUUUUGGUUAGUACUACGUCUUACAUCGCCAUUUAUAAUUUUAUAAGAGUUUUCUUUUUCUGGUUUAUACUUACUCCGUUUCAUUUUAAUUGUCAUUUUAGAUUUUUACACACAUAUUAGGAAAACAUUUAAUUUUACAUAUUU